AGUAGCUUUGUGUAUGGACUUCGGGAUAUCAAAAAUUCGAUAGGUCCUUUAAAAAAUGAUGUCUAAACGUUUGCUUCAUAUUGAUGGUGUUACUGGUUUGUAGUAUUUCUAGUCGGCAUGUAUCUGCUCGCGCAUUAGAACCCCGCCUUCACCAGUCUCACGCUUUGAAGACUUGGCUAGCUAAAAUUAGCGGAUAGCCACUAAAAACAACCUUCGUGUACGUGGCUCUUCGUUCCCAAUAAUCACAUUUACGUUCUGAUUUCUAGCCAAAAUGCCGGUGCAUUCGAGGGAAAAGAAAGAAAACAAUCACGAGGAGAUGGAGGUUGACUAUCCGGAGCAGGAGGGCAGUAGUACUGACGAAGAUGAUUCGGAGACCUCCUCAGUGUCAGAAGAUGGAGACAGCUCGGAGAUGGACGAUGAAGACUGCGAACGCAGGAGAAUGGAGUGUAUUGAUGAGAUGACCAAUCUUGAGAAGCAGUUCGGUGACCUCAAAGACCAGUUGUACAAGGAACGCUUGAGUCAAGUGGAUGCUAAACUACAAGAGGUCCUGUCAGGAAAAGCUUCAGAAUACCUGGAGCCCCUCGCUGCCUUGCAAGAAAAUAUGCAGAUUAGAAUAAAAGUUGCAGGAAUCUACAGAGAGCUGUGUUUGGACUCGGUGAAGAACAAGUAUGAGUGUGAAACUCAAGCUGCAUAUCAGCAUUGGGAGAGUGAGAAGCUGCUGCUGCUGGAUACUGUUCAAAGCGAACUGGAGGAGAAGAUCAGACGUCUAGAGGAGGACAGACACAGCAUCGACAUCACCUCAGGUUCGAAUCUGGCUGGGUCAUUUCCCAACCCUUACCCAUCCCCGAAUGAAGAGCUGUGGAAUGACGAGCUGCAGUCGAGAAGGAGUAAAAGGAGGGACCCCUUCAGCCCUGACAAGAAGAGGAAACCAGUGGUCGUCUCUGGUCCAUAUAUUGUGUAUAUGCUGCAAGAUUUAGAUAUUUUGGAAGACUGGACAGCGAUCAGAAAGGCUGUGGCUACGCUUGGACCUCACAAAGUCCGGCCUGAUGUGUCCCCCAUGGUGAAGCCAGAGAAACACCCUCAGCAGCCGCACCACACGGCCAGGUCAGAAGACGGCCGACUGUACUACGAUGGGGAGUGGUACUGUAGAGGACAGAGCAUAUGCAUCGACAAGAAGGACGAGUACCCCACAAGUGCUAUCAUCACUACCAUCAACCAUGACGAGGUGUGGUUCAAGCGCCUGGAUGGCAGCAAAUCCAAGCUGUAUAUUUCCCAGCUACAGAAAGGCAGAUACACCAUCAAACACUCCUAGAGCUCUGCGCCGCUGUCCUCUGCCCAAGCCCAGUCCAGCCAUCUAUCUAUCCAUCUAUCAAUCAAUCUCUACCGUACUGCCAUCUCUCGUGCCAGCCUGUACAAAAACAAACUCUGCACCACUUCUGCAAAAGUACAGUGAAGGACUGGCAAACAGUAUUUUCAUUCCAGUCCUUUUUUUCACGUCCAGAUCCAGCCUAUCAUGUAUUGUGACUUUUCCUUAUUUUUUUAUUUUCCUCCAUUCAAGAAUAACGUUGGGAUGGGGUUCAGGAUACAGCCAAUGACGAUAAAUAUACAAAAAACAUUGUUUUACAACAAUAUGACAAACUUUGUGUGUGCGUGUGUGUGUGCGCGUGUGUGUAUGUGUGCGUGUGUGUUUUGAAUGUAUAGUAUGAAUGGUUCAAAUGUAUGCAUGCUCAAAAGCACUGUAUGGUAUUUUUUGUCUUCUAUAAGAAAAUGUGUACUAUAGCCAUUUAUACCACAGUUUACAGCUGAACUGUGCAGCAAACCGUAUAUGAAUAUAUUGUGUAUUUUUAAGCUCUGUAUUCAUUUUUGAUUAAGCCUCCGUGGUACAAGUUUGUGUGGGGGUGUCUGUGUGUCUUUGUGUAUGUUCAUGUGUGUAGCCAAAUAUGAACAGAACAUCACCCCUGCCAACUCCCCCACCCAUUCUUCCUUUUUAUGAAUUUUCUUCUUUAUGUCAUCUGUACUGCCUGAAUGGUAUGUAUAAAAUGUCUCUGAAAUCAUUAUUGUUCUCUGAAAUACCGGUAUACUGUAUAGAACUGCCUUAAGUGUUUUUAAGUUAGACCAACUGUUUUGAUUAGACAUUUACAAGGCAUUGCCCUGUCUAUUUUCUCUGUCAGGUUCUUGAUUUAUGAACUGUACGUGUAUUCUUUGUGUCUGCCUUUCACUAUUUUCCUGCCAAAUUUGUUUGAGGUAGCCUAAUUGUUCCCGUUUUUUUCUUCGUACAGUUUGUCUUUUGAUUUUGCUGUAUCAUGUUCAACAGGAAAUUGUGUCUGUGUCUGAAAGUAGGAAGUAAAGCCUGAUUUGAAGAAAGGC